AUGUCUCUAUCGAAAGUUGAGGACCCGAAUAAAGUGGCUGCGGCUGCUGUAGUCCAGCAGAGCGAUAAUGUUGCGCAUGCUUUGGCGGGCGCUGGGGGUGGUGUACUUUCCAUGAUUUUGACGUACCCGCUUAUUACUCUCUCAACUCGAGCGCAAGUCGAGUCUAAGCGUGCACAGUCAUCGACGAUUGAUGCCAUUCGCCGAAUCGUGCAAAGGGAGGGAAUUACCGGCCUAUACUCGGGCCUAGAGUCAGCGCUGUUCGGUAUCAGUGUCACAAACUUUGUGUACUAUUACUGGUAUGAGUGGACUCGUUCAGCGUUUGAGAACGCAGCCGCAAAGGCAGGUCGCUCAAAGAAGCUAUCAACAUCUGAAUCCAUGAUUGCCGGAGCCAUUGCGGGGAGUGCCACGGUUUUGAUAACCAACCCCAUCUGGGUGAUCAACACCAGGAUGACUGCGCGAAAGUCUGGGGCGGAUGAGCAGUCGCUACCUGGUGCUUCCAAGAAGCAACGGGCGUCCACAUUCAGCACACUGAUGGAGCUGCUUCAGAAGGAGGGUCCAACUGCUCUUUUCGCUGGUGUCUUGCCUGCUCUCAUCCUCGUGAUCAACCCUAUUCUACAGUAUACCAUUUUUGAGCAGCUGAAGAACGCGGUGGAGCGGCGGCGACGCAUGACACCGAAGGAUGCGUUUUACCUCGGUGCCCUGGGCAAGAUCCUGGCCACCUCGAUAACGUACCCAUACAUUACAGUCAAGAGUCAGAUGCAUGUCGCAAGUAAAGACGGGCCUAAGGAGAGCCUGAAUGGAAGCCUGAAGCGAAUUAUCAGAGAAGAAGGGUACACGGGUUUAUACAAAGGGAUCGGGCCCAAGGUCACCCAGAGUGCCAUCACGGCAGCAUUCUUGUUUGCGUUCAAGGACGUUCUAUAUGAGUUGAUGGUGUCCCUUAGGCGGAGGGGCCGCAUUUCCAAGUAG